AUGACUCGGUUUUCAUGCACAGUUCAAAAUUGGCAAAUAAAAAUCAUAAAUUGUAGUCUGCUCGAUGCUAAAAAGCUUCAUCCAAAUGUAACAGCCAUUGUUAAUGCUGCUAAUGUUUAUAUGCGCGGCGGUGGCGGUCUUGAUGGAGCAAUCCACGCAGCAGCUGGUUCUCAAUUAUUAGCUGAAUUAAAGCAACUUGUACCAGAUAAAACUCAAACAGCACAGGUUAUUGUUUCAAAAGGAUAUAAAACAGGUUUUGAUCAUAUUCUACAUGUUGCUGGUCCAGUUUAUUCUGAGAAAAAUCGCGAUGAAUCUCGACGACUUCUUGAAGAAACAUAUAAAAAUGUAAUACGAGAAGCUGAUAAAUUAAAAACAAUAACAGCACUUGGCUUAGCAUCUAUUAGUACGGGUAUAUAUGGUUAUCCAUUGAAUGAUGCAGCACCAGUUGCAAUAUCAACCGUCGCUCGAGAAUUAUCACAAGCAGAAAAUCUAAAAACUGUUAUUUUUACUAUGUUUGAAAAACGUGAAUUUGAUGUAUUCACAAAAGCAUAUGAACAAUGGAGGAAAAAUACUGAAAAAGAUUUGUAA